AUGCCACAAUACUUAUCACUCCUGUUAGAAUGUCCACGGGUAAUUGCUGCCAUAUUUAUCUGUGGCAUCGGUGGAACAUUUCAGUAUGGAUUCUGUGUAUCUGUAAUGACCUCCCCCUCCGCUUUUAUACAGGAGCUGGUGAACCAAACAUUUGUGCAGAGAUAUGGAGUGAGCUUGAAGCCGUGGCAGGUCUCUCUGAUCUGGUCCUUCACUGUAUCCAUCUUCUGCAUUGGAGGGCUAUUGGGUUCACUGUUGUCUAGUUCACUCCUCUCCAAGCUUGGCAGAAAAAAAUGCAUUCUUCUGAACAAUUUUCUGGUGAUAAUUGCAGCUGUGUUGAUGUUUUUAAGCCAAACAGCCACAUCUUUUGAGAUGAUCAUGGUGGGACGAUUUCUCUACGGUAUCAAUUCAGGAGUCAAUUUCUCAGCUCACCCCAUGUUCCUCCUUGAGUGCACUCCAAAGAGGAUACGAGGGAUGGUGGGUGUGACCAUCGCCACCUUCAUCUCCUUGGGGAAGUUCUCCGGGCAGCUGCUGGGGAUCAGUGAGUUACUUGCUACAGAGACGAGGUGGCCCUGGCUGCUUGGUUUCAAUGGUUUUGCUGCGUUACUUCAGCUCCUCACCCUCCCCCUCCUUCCAGAGUCUCCGAGCGUUCUGCUCUUGGACCAAGGAAACCGCCAGGCCUGUGAACAAGCUUUAAGGAAGUUAUGGGGUGACAAAGACUACAGCGGGGUGGUGGAGGAGAUGUUGGAGGAGAAAGCUGCCCUGCAGAGUGUUCGCAGCCACUCAGUGAUGGAGCUGUUCAGGAACCAGGGCAUUCGCUGGCAGCGCCUCACCCUCAUUGUUGUCUUCUGUGCACUGCAGCUCAGUGGCGUCAAUGCUGUGUACUUUUAUUCUUUUGAAGUGUUUCGUGCAGCCGGAAUCCACGAGAGCCAGCUGCGUUACGCUGCUCUGGGUACCGGACUCUGUGAGCUGUGCACCUCUGUAACCUGUUUCAUGAUAAUUGAGAAUACAGGGAAAAAAGUCCUGCUGUUUCGAGGAUAUAUGGGAAUGUCCAUCACUCUGGUUCUACUCACCAUCACCUUGUACCUGCAGACUUUUGUCUCCUGGAUGCCAUACUGCAGCAUGGUCCUUAUUUUUAUCUUCAUAAUCUGUUUUGCAGGGGGACCUGCUGGGGUGUCAUCUACUCUUCCAGGUGAAAUCUUUACCCAGUCGUUCAAGUCGGCUGCAUUUGCCAUCGCCAGCAUCAUCAACUGGCUCGGUUUGUUUAUUCUUGGAAUGGUCUUUCCUAUUUUAGUGGAAAACAUGGACUACUUUUGCUUUCUCAUAUUCCUGUUUUUCUGCGCCACCUGUGGGCUCUAUGUGAAGUUCAACUUACCUGAGACCAAGAAUCUAACAGCGUUACAAAUCGCUGUUGAGUUUCAGAAGAUGCACAGCAAAUCUGAAGCAUCAAAGAGGGACAAAUCCAGUGAACAGCAAAAUAACAGUCUAAUCUGCAAAAUGAAGAUGCAUCAGGCCAUGGCCACGACCGAAGCCCUGCAGCCGUUUGACAUCACCACAAGUGGAUCAGGACGCAGGGAGGAGUUUGAGCAACAAAAACAGAAAAACACUCAUGUCUCCGCCUCCUUCAAAAUAACAUCAGGGCAUUUCAAUGUUAAAGGCCACUCUGAUGACUGA